CACUGGUGACGUCUGGUUUUACCAUCUGCAGCGAGACAGACUGGGCGAGAAUGGCUGCCGGGGGAGAGGUCGGAAAGCUGUUACAAGUGCAGAAUGGAACUCCAGCAAAUACAAGCUUCAAUGGGGUAGACGCUCUUCAUGCGUGCAACGUCCUUCAGCAGCUGAAAGUCCUGUAUGAUGAAGCACAGUUGACAGAUAUCGUUGUGGAGGUGGACCAUGGCAAGACAUUUUCCUGUCACAGAAAUGUCCUGGCCGCCAUUAGCCCUUACUUCAGAUCCAUGUUCACAAGUGGCCUUACAGAGAGCAGCCAGCGCGAGGUGCGCAUCGUUGGCGUGGAAUCCGAGUCCAUGCACCUGGUCCUGGACUACGCCUACACGUCCCGCGUCACGCUCUCCGAGUCCAACGUGCAGGCGCUUUUCACGGCCGCCAGCAUCUUCCAAAUCCCGGCACUGCAGGACCAGUGUGCCCAGUUCAUGAUCAGCCGCCUGGACCCGCAGAACUGCAUCGGCGUGUUCAUGUUUGCGGACGCGUACGGGCACCAGGAGCUGCGGGAGCGCUCGCAGGACUACAUCCGCAAGAAGUUCCUGUGCGUGGUGGGCGAGCAGGAGUUCCUGCACCUGACCAAAGAGCAGCUGGUGGGCAUCCUGAACAGCGACGACCUGAACGUGACCAAGGAGGAGCACGUGUACGAGAGCGUGGUGCUCUGGCUGGAGCAGGACCGGGAGGGGCGCCAGACUCACCUGCCCGAGGUGUUCUCCAAGUGCAUCCGCCUGCCGCUGCUGGACGAGGCCUUCCGCAGCCGCAUCCCGCCGGCCCUGGCGAUCGCCAUGCCCAAGGAGCCCGUCGACAAGGGCCACCUCAACGGCACCAACGGGUGCCCGCAGCGGCUGGGCAUGACCGCCUCCGAGAUGGUGAUCUGCUUCGACGCGGCACACAAGCACUCAGGGAAGAAGCAGACGGUGCCUUGCCUGGACACGGCCACGGGGAAGGUGUACAAGCUGUGCAAGCCGCCCAACGACCUCCGCGAGGUGGGCAUCCUGGUCACCUCGGAGAACGACAUCUACAUCGCCGGCGGGUACCGGCCCAGCAACAGCGAGGUGUGCAUCGACCACCGGGCGGAGAGCGACUUCUGGCAGUACGAGCACGCCAACAACCGCUGGCUGCCACGGGCGCCACUGCUGCGGGCGCGCAUCGGCUGCCGGCUGGUGCACUGCUGCGGGAAGCUGUACGCGCUGGGAGGCCGCGUCUACGAGGGCGACGGGCGCAACGCGCUCAAGUCGGUCGAGUGCUACGACGCCCGCGACAACUGCUGGACUGCCGUCAGCCCCAUGCCCAUUGCCAUGGAGUUUCACAGUGCUGUGGAGUAUAAGGAAAGGAUCUACGUCUUGCAAGGGGAGUACUUCUUCUUCUUUGAUCCUCGGAAGGACUACUGGGGCCACUUGAGCCCCAUGAGCAUCCCGCGGAGCCAGGGUCUGGCCGUGCUGCACAGGAACUGUAUCUACUACAUCGCCGGCGUCUGCAGGAACCACCAGCGCACCUUCACCGUGGAGGUGUACGACAUCGAGCAGAACGGCUGGAGCCACCGGCACGACCUGCCCUUCGACCAGGCCACCAGCCCCUACAUCAAGGCCCUGCUGCUUGGCGGCAAGCUGCACCUGUUUGUGCGCGCCACGCAGGUGAUGGUGGAGGAGCACGUGUUCCGCACCAGCCGCAAGAACUCCCUCUACCAGUACGACGACGAGGCGGACCAGUGGAAGAAGGUCUACGAGACGCCCGACCGCCUCUGGGACCUGGGCCGCCAUUUUGAAUGCGUGGUGGCCAAACUCUACCCACAGUGUCUUCUCAAAGUGCUCUGAUGCAGCGGGGAGGGAGAGGAGGGGGGUAAUUGCCACCCUUGGCAUGCCUGAGGUGCUACUCGGCCACAGGGGAUCAGAUGAUGCCCUGCUCCGAGCGUCUCGGUCAAGAGACCGUCAGGAUUUCUAAAGUCUUAAACAAAAGUGUUUGAGUGUCCGAAGGACGGCGUUUUUUGUUGUUGUUGUCGUCGUCGUCGUCGUUGUUGUUGUGGGUGUACACUCUUCUAAAGGUGCCCGUUGUCGAUGCCUGUCCAGCGAGCACAGGGCACCCACACGAUUACUUCUUUUACAGCCGUACAAUGAAUCAUAAGUGCAAUUAUCAUAUGGUUUGCAAAACAUGAGUUUGAGCCAUUUGUCAUUCUUCUAGGUUUGAGACCGUUGGUUUGGUGUUUUUGUUUUUUCCUUCAGUUUUGUUGGCAUGCAGUGUUGAGGCCGUUAACAGGGCACCCUCUGGAAAUGAGUUGGUGCAGAGCAUUGACACCAGAAGUACAAAAAGCAAAUAUAUGAAAGAAUAUAUAGCUAUGUGUACUCAUACGGGUAUGUUGAGCGGGUGUGCUCUCUGUUAAGUAGCUAGGUUGAAAAAAAGAAAAAAAAGAAAAGAAAAAAAAGACAAGUAAUUUUUGCCGUUUUUCAUUUUAAUGUUUUGUGACGUUUGCCAUGCCUCCUAAUGCGUGGCCAUUCAUUUUAGGAUUGAGUUUGAGAUGUUUGUUUUACAUUUGAGUGUGUUUGGUUGUGAUAGGUGUGCGUUAUCAUUUUGGUGCAUUCUGUUGCAUUGCCAAGAUGUGCGAGAGACCCCUCAUCAUGCUUUUUCAUAAGACAGGCUUUCUCUCUGUCUCUCUUUCUUUUUCUUUUUUUCCUUCUCUCUCUAUCUCUUUCUUUCUUUCUCUCUUUCUUUCUUUUUUCUUUCUUUCUUUUUCUCUCUCUCAUAUAUAUAUAUAGAUAUAUAAUGCGUGUGUGUGUAUACAUAUAUAUGUAUUGGUUAUGUAUGUGUUUGCAGUAUGUCUCACAAGUUUGCUAUAUAUCACAUAUUUUAUGUUUUGAAUGAGUGUGUGGGUUUAUUUUGAGAUUAUUUUAGUUUGUUUUGUUUUGUGAAUCAGUAUGGUGGACAUUGUGGGUCUUACUCAAAAUCCAAAUCUUUCAUGAAAAACAACUUACACCAGCCAGAACAUCUUUAGAAAGAAGUUACAUAGUCUCCAUAUUGGAGUAGAGAAAAAUAUGAUGAGUACAGCUGAAUGGGUAGCUGUGAGGUGUGUGUGCGUGUGUGCGUGUGUGUGUGUGGAGAGGAUCCAGAACAGGCAAUAGGUUUUGCUGACAGAAGCACCAUGCCUGUCUGAUAGGGAGUGAAGGGAAGAUUGUGGAGAGAGGGGUGUUGAUUUUUUUUUUUUUCUCAUUUAUUAUUAUUUUUUAAAGUGGUUGGGUCUGAGUGGUCAUCUCUCCGCAGGUGGCUCUCUGUGGACAUGCCUCGGACUCUAACAAACAAAACAUCUGCAUUCAGACAGGGCAUCUCAAAGGCCAAAAAUGCAUUCUGCGAAAUGCGCCAUUGUGGUCUGGAACGUUUAGUUCUCGUAGCAAUAACAGUAGAAGCUGAAAUUGUGUGGAAAGGGGCGAAGGGAUAGGCUAGGCCUGAAAGAACGAAAACAUAUUCCUCACUUCUUCGAGAAAGUGCAUUAACAGUUGUUGCAAGCUAAAUGUUUGGUGCUGAUUUUGACAAAUCGACGUGAUCUGUGUGAGCUUUUGAAGGGUGGUUUUGAAGUCCUGUCCUUGGGAGUCCGUAAAGUGCAGAAUCCCUCUGGGAUGUCAUUGUGCCUAUAGAUAAAACAAAGCAGGCCUGGAGACAGAAUGCCGGCUGCGUGAUAUUUGCCUGUUGGAGUAGCAAGCGGAGCCCCUCUGAAGUCUUACUCAUUGUUGCACUGAAUCAUUUUUUCCACUUUUAAGAACGGCUUGCCACUGCAAAUUAUUCCACACAACCCCCCCACCCCUUCCACAGACGUAAGUCAGGAUUGAGAAGCAUCCUGAGCUGUGUGUGUCUAUUUCCAUGCAUUCUAACUUCGUGGAAUACGAAUACCGAAAAGGAAGAAACUUUUGGUGCUGCUUAUUUGACAAUCUUGUACAGAAUUACGUGACGAUUACAGCCAUCGGGUAACGUCCCUUAUUGUAGCGCAACAUUUUUUUUUUUUUGGUUUGUUUGUUUUUGAUCAUAUGCAGGUUCUUGCAGGUCCUGAGUUUGCACUACAUCCUCCUUGUUUUAUUUGUGAAUAGCGGAGGCUGUCCUUUUCAAUCAGAUGACAAAGCAAUCUUGUGGAGAAAGCAGAACUCAAAACCUCAAAGCUCUGUUUCACAAAAAAAAAAAAAAGAAAUGUUAGAUUUUAGUUUUGCCAUGUAUAGCAAGCGAUUGCGAAAAGAUUUGAAAACAGUCAACAUAGACGGAUCACAGCCUGGCUUUGCGGUCAUCUGCCCCUCAUUGCUUUGCCGUCCCUGCCAGAUACAAGGCUCUGCGGGAAGCAACUACGGUGACUGGCGACGAUCAUGUGACUCAGUGGGGCGGGGACUGUGGGCACCUCAGAACCUCUCGACCCGCCCAUGGCCUCCUCACCCCAUGUGAACCGCUGAAAAAAAAAAAAGCUCAGAGAUGCAGGAACCGGAAGCAACGGACAACUCUCAGGAUUUCUAUUGUUAAACACAGUACUGUAUUUAAAUCAUUUGUUUAAAUGUGUAUUAUACUGUAUCAUAUGUUUGCUGUACUUGCACAGGUUUUUUUCCCCUUUUUCUUUCCUUUUUUGUUUUUUAACAAACCCUGUUUGUUACCUUCCCAACUUGAACAAUAGAUGUGAUGGGUUGUUUGUUUGUAUGUCUCUGAUGGGUGUAUUAUUUUCUUUUUCUAUAUUUACUCGUAGGUUUGGUAUGUGAAAGAUUUUGCUCUGGGGUUUAAAAAAAAAAAGGAAAAAAAUACUCUCCAAGCAAAAUCACAUACGCUAUUAUAAAGUUUUAACUCUCUAUUUUUUGGAUUGCAUCUCCACAGUACCAGUAUAAACUACAAAGCAUUACAGAUAUUAACUCCGUACAUUAACUUCUCAGCAAACACCAGUCAUCCGUUGUACAAAAAGCUUCAUAAGAGAUAAAACUCACCUUGUGCUAUUGCCUGCUUUUCAUGCAAAAUGCUAUAGAGCUUGUGCUACCUUUGUUUGGCUCACAAAGCUUUCUUGAGAAUCCACAGCUGGGUGGAAAACACCAGUGAGUUCUUCCUUCUAUUUUACUUUUUUUUUUUUUCACUUUUGUUUGCUUGGUUGUAUGAUAUGAAACUUUGGUAACUAUUAAUUGAUCUUUACUGUGAACUUCACAUUGCACAUAAUUUGAAAAUAAAACAUUAAA